AUGGCUCCCAAGACAAUCAUCGCUCCCUCCAUCCUGUCGGCUGACUUUGCUCAGCUCGGCCAUGACUGUGCCCGCACCAUGAAGCAGGGCGCAGACUGGCUCCAUGUCGACAUUAUGGACGGUCACUUUGUCCCCAACAUCACCUUCGGUCCUCCUGUCGUUGCGGCCAUCCGAGGCCACGUCGAUCAGCCCACUGAGGCCCACGGCCGGGGCACCUUUGAUUGUCAUAUGAUGAUUGCAGAGCCUAAGAAAUGGGUCAAGGAGUUCAAGAAGGCUGGCUGCAACCUUUACUGCUUCCACUACGAGGCCGCCUUCUCCAGCGCUGCCGAGAACCCCGAGGAUCAGACCGACGAAAAGACCAACCCCAAGGCCCUUAUCCGAUAUAUCCACGACCAAGGCCUACUGGCUGGUAUUGCUAUCAAGCCCGAUACUUCCGUCGAUGUGUUGUGGGAGAUUUUGGAGAACAGUGAGGAGAAGGAGAGACCCGAUAUGGUUCUUGUCAUGACCGUUUACCCCGGCUUCGGUGGACAAAAGUUUAUGGCAUCCGAGUUGCCCAAGGUCCAAGCCUUGCGCGAAAAGUAUCCCGAGCUCAACAUCGAAGUCGACGGUGGUAUCGGACCCAAGACAAUCGACGAAGCUGCCGAUGCUGGUGCCAAUGUCAUUGUGGCAGGAAGCGCUGUUUUCGGAGCCAACGAUCCCUCCGAGGUUAUCGCCCAGCUACGCCAGUCGGUUGAUGCUCGAAAUGCGAACAGCAACCCUCUCCCUCUCGCACAACUUCUCAGACCCAAAUCAAUUGCGCGAGCCAUCAUGAAGAGAAAAGCGGGAGCUGCUGCUGGUGCCUCCAAGGCCAACAAGAAAAAGUCAAAGCCUUCUCUCGGUGCCGAGGAUGCCCAAAAGCGAUUCCGCGCUGGCCUUUUCGAUAAAAAGGUUCUCAAUUCGUACACGGAGCAGUAUGCUCAAUCGGAACCCUACAAGCACGCCGUCAUCAAUGGCCUCGUCGACGAUUCCCUCCUUCGAUCGGUGCGCAGUGAGAUCAAGGCCAACGUUGAGUUCACACCCAAGGAGACCGAUAUUUACAAGAUCCACCAGUCUGGAGAUCUUGCCAACCUCGACGGACUGGACGAUGAGUCGCUAGCCAAGCUGCCUUCGCUCCUCAAGCUUCGCGACGCCAUCUACUCUGAGUCCUUCCGCAACUAUGUUUCCCACAUCACCGACUGUGGCCCACUGAGCGGUCGCAAGACAGACAUGGCCAUCAACAUCUAUACUCCUGGCUGCUACCUGCUCUGUCAUGACGAUGUCAUCGGCAGUCGUCGCGUCAGCUACAUCCUCUACCUCGUCGAUCCCGACACGCCUUGGAAGCCCGAAUGGGGUGGCGCACUCCGUCUGUUCCCUGUCCAGGAAAUUAAGGAUAAGAAUGGUGAGGUCGCAAAGACACCGCUUCCCGAUGUUUCAAAGGUUAUUCCACCAGCAUGGAACCAGCUGAGCUUCUUCGCUGUCCAGCCUGGCGAGAGUUUCCACGAUGUAGAAGAGGUUUACCACGCAGAGACCAAGAAGCAGCUCGAGAAGGAAGGAGGUCGCAUUCGUAUGGCUAUCAGCGGAUGGUUCCAUAUUCCCCAGAUCGGAGAGGAUGGCUACAUCAAGGGCGAGGAGGAGAGAAAUGCUAAAAACAGCGGCUUAAUGCAGCUCCAGGGCAACCCUGCUCAGUACGAUAUGCCCCAACCUCAGGUCAUGAAGGUCGACAAGUCACAAGCCAGCCAAGGCUUUGAUGAGGCGGACCUCGAGUUUCUGCUCAAGUACAUCUCUCCUGCAUACCUGGUCCCAGACGCUUUAGAAGAGAUCUCCGAAACUUUCAAUGAGAUGUUCGAGAUUACUCUACCAGACAUUCUGGGUAAGAAAUUUGCCAAGCGCCUCAGGGACUAUGUUGAGGCUGAGGAGAAGAAGCCUGUGCCUGAAGAUACACCUACGAUAGAAAAGACCUCCCCAUGGCGAGUGGCCAAGCCUCCCCACAAGGCUCGAUACAUGUACCAACAACCUAGCGGACCUGAUCAGCUUCGCACCUCUCAGGAGGAGUCGCCCAUUACUGAGCUUCUUGACAUUUUUCUGCCAAGUCGACAAUUCCGCCAAUGGCUCCAGAUGGCCACCAAGACCACUGUUGAGAGCGCAGAUCUUCUUGCCCGUCGUUUCCGACGUGGCCUAGACUACACUCUUGCAACUGGUCAUGAGGGUAAAGCACGCGUCGAAAUCAACCUUGGUUUCACACCCACAAAUGGUUGGGGCGAGGAUGAGGGAGAGGACACCGAAGAGGAAGCUGAGGAGCAGAAUGGCAAGGACGUCAAGGGUAAGGGCAAGGGUAAAGCCAAGGCUGUCGAGAAGAAGAAAGAAGAGGAAGAGGAGGUUCCAGAAGUUGGCGGGCAAGAAAUCUUCAUGUCAGGCGACGAUGAUGCCGACGAAGACGCAGCCGUGUACAAGGCAGGCGGUGAUGAUGAUGACAACAUCCUCUUCUUCCAGGCUCCCACUUGGAAUAAGAUGACCAUUGUCAUGCGUGACAGCGGCGCUCUCAAGUUCGUCAAGUAUAUCAGCAAGAGUGCCAAGGGCGACAGGUGGGACAUCUCUGGCGCCUUUGAGGUCGAAGAGGAGGAUGACGAAGACGACGACGACGAUGAUGCCGCCGAAGAUGAUGACGAGGAGGAAGAGUUCCAAGGCUUUUCACCCAAGGGCACAGAGAGCGAAUCUGAUUGA